AUGGCCAACGGCGGUGGAACGAGCUGCCCGGGUCCGUUGAAGUAUUACGAGGACCUCGGGUGCACGCCGGAGUAUAAAACUGCCGGGGACCGUUGCCCGGUAAGAUACAACUGUAGCCAUAUGCAGACGAGAGUUCCGAACAAAUGUUACAUCAAUGGUCACGAGUACGAGCUAAACGAAACACUUAAACCGAUGGAUGCAAAUGUUUGCGACAACAUGUGUACUUGCAAAUAUCCGAUCGGAAAACCUGGAAUCGCUGCAUUUGAGUGCACUGAUAUUAAAUCUGUAUGUCCGACGGAACAUGUAAGAAAAGGCUGCUAUCUAAUGCACGACCUGUCAAAAUGUUGCGGAGAUCCAACGCAAAUUUGUCCUGAAAAGCCGGAAGACAGAGGUACUUGUGUCGUAGACGGUAAAGAAUAUAAAUAUGGCGAAUAUUUCCGGGUGAAAUCAGAUCAUAGACUGAAUUGCGUCUGCAAACCGGGAUAUGAAGGUAGAAAUGUUCCGCCCUUCUGCGAAAGGGCUAAUCACUCAAUCUGCGAUCAUCCUGCAUUCAGUCACAAGCAACAUUUUUAUCAGAAAUGUGCUCCUGUUUUUGCGAGCGAGCAUGCGGAUCCAGACAGAUGUAUUUUGCGCAUGAGAUGCAGGAACCCUAAUGACAGAGUUGUCCGUAACAAUUUCGAAAAUUUGGGUGUGGAUGAGUUUGACGAGAGAAAUAUGUGCGAGUUCGGUGAUAUAUUAAUGCAAAUUGGCGACACGCUGGAGCAACUUCAGCCCUCUGAUUGCGUUAUGUGCAUUUGCCAAGUACCGCCCGUUCCGACGUGUACAUUUUUGUCGGACCAGGGAUAUUGUUAUUUCGCAGGUAUUGUUCCUCCUCGUCACGAGGACGUACAACCCGUUACUCGUCCUCACAGGGAGAAAAAUGUAUAGGUAUUAGUAUAUAAGAAUUUGUGCACCAAACAUCCGCUCGAUGUUUCUGAACUCUAAGAUAUUACAAUUACUUUUGUUACGCGGAAAACUUUGUUAUACAAUUUUACUCGAAUAUUUUUAAAUAUAAGGACAUAUGUACAUGAAUACUUUUAUAUACAAUUUUAUAAACUGUACAUUAAUAAAUGCUGCCAUCCAUGAUAAAAAAAGUUUUCUUUGU